CCGCAACCAACUCUCUCAACAGCUUAAACAGCAAUCCCCUUCCAGCUUCUACUACAGCAAAAACACCCCUAAAAAACCUUUCUUACUCUUCACCACUACCAACUUUAUCCGAAAAUGAAAUUCUCCACCUUCUUCCCCGCCGUCUUCGCCCUCGGCUUCUUCUCCGCUGCCACCCAGGCUCUCCCCACCAGACCCGAGGCUCAGGCCAUUGACAUCUUGAAGCGCGGUGUUGAUGCUCCCAUCGACGCUGUUGCCAAAGUCUUCGUCGAGGCUCAGGCCAAGGUCCUUGCUGAGGCUUGCGUCAACCUUAGCGUUGAUGUUUGCGCUGAUUUGAACGUCAAGCUCAGAGCCAAGGCUAAGGCCCUCGGUCUCAUUGAUCUUGAUGUCAAUGUCAAGCAGCUCGAGCUCCGCACCAAGGCCAAGGUUGACCUUGAGGUCCGUGCCUGGAUCGAGGCUCAGCUCCAUGCCAUUGUCAUUGCCCACAUCCGCGCUCAUGUCCAUGCCGUUGUUACUGAUAUCUGCCCCAAAGUUGACAACGGUUGCUUGAGCAAGAACGCCGCCCAGAUUGUUGCUGGUGUUGCUGCCAAGAUCAAUGUCGAUAUCAACAAGUUGGUUAUUAAGAUCAAGGCUGAGCUCGCUGCCCACGUUAAGAUCCGCGUCAAGGCCAUCAUUGAUGAGCUCAAGGUUGAUCUCGGUUUGGCCAAGGUUGAGGUCAAGGCCUCCGUCAGCCUCCGCUCCGACCUCAACGUCCACGUCAAGGCCUUCGUCAAGGCUGUCGCUAAGAUCCUUGUCAACGCCCAGUUGGUUGCCAAGGUCGCUGCUCUCUAAAAGAACAGUGUCUUUAUGACCUCCCCCCCCCCCCCUCC